GCGGCUGUACUUUUGGAUCCGGAGUCAAGUUCAGCAGAGCCCUGGGCUACAGGGUCAGCAGCAGAUCGCGCCCACUCCAGGCGCCCAGCUCACAGGGGAGCCUCAGUGCGGAGGCAAGCCCUGGUCUCUGGUCCUCCCCUGGGCUCUCCCACACCCCAUCCUCUGUCAGAGAGAAGAAGCCAGAGAAAGCGAGACUGGCCGGGGAGGAGAAAGGCGCGCGCGCGUGGGCGCCGGGGAAUAGGCGAUGUCCACCGGCUCGGUGAGUGACCCCGAAGACUCGGAGAUGAGGGGGCUGCAGAGGGUCUACCCGGCCCCGGCCUCCAAGAGGCCGCCCCUGCUCCGCAUGGAGCGCGGUUACGGCUCGCCCAGCGACAUUUCUUCUGCGGAAGAGGAGGACGGUGAAGAGGAGCCCGGCUCCCUGGGAGCCGCGGGAGGAUGCAAGAGGAAGCGGCUCCGUGGGGCUGACGCUGGCGGCGCAGGUGGCCGCGCAGGCGGUGCGGGGAAGAAGCCGCUCCCGCCUAAGGGCUCGGCCGCAGAGUGCAAGCAGUCGCAGCGGAAUGCGGCCAACGCCCGCGAACGCGCCCGGAUGCGCGUGCUGAGCAAAGCCUUCUCCAGACUGAAGACCAGCCUGCCCUGGGUGCCGCCCGACACCAAGCUUUCCAAACUGGACACGCUGCGCCUGGCUUCCAGCUACAUCGCGCACCUGCGCCAGCUGCUGCAGGAGGACCGCUACGAGGACAGCUAUGUGCACCCUGUGAACCUGGUAGGGAUGCUGCGCUCGAGGCCGGGGGACAGCAGCCCAGAGCGCUACCCGGGCCCAGGGCUGGCUCGGCCCCAGACGAAGAGCCAAGAGGGGAGGUUUCUGGAACCAGUGAAAAAUCAUGUGGGCAACCCAUGAGGAAAGCAUGAAGACGUGGCCAUUCGUGGUCUCUGGACGCCCAGACUCUGACAGCAAAGACGUUUCUGCAGCCAACAGGCUUUGUGGAACUUCCGCUUAGAGGGACAGGGCAGUUAGAUGGAUUGUGGUAAACGCAAAGGACUGGGCCAAGGAAGUCCCACUGGAUUCUGGACCUUCUCCUUUCCCUGGGCCUGUGAACAAGACAGGAGACAAGUGUGGUUUGCCCUCCUGGAGCGCAGGUGGCCAUGGGUGCCCCAAAUCAGUGCAAACUUCUGUAACCAAAGAAAGCCCAGUUUCAGGGGAAGAAUACGUGGACCAGGUAAAAACCUAGGGCUUUAGCUCUGAUCACAACCCCCUGCCUGCUAUCUGAGUCCAGUGCAGAAACGGGUUGGUUUUGAAGCUAAUCUUGAUUGCCUUGUGGUUGAUGGCAAGGUCCUGCACAGCCAGGUCCUUCUGUGACCGUGGAUGAGAGCUGUUUCCCAGCACUAGAAAGAAGGCCGGCAUUAGAGCUCUUCGGGGGCCUGUCACUAAGGGCAGUGUUGCUACAGACAGUGGCAUACUCUUCCUGGGCAGGACAUGUUGAGGUGGAGACAUUAACUCCAGGUGCUGGUUUUGCUCGAAAUCUCUGCAGACUGGGGUUCAUUUCCUGAGUUCCCUCCUCUGUUUAAUCAGUGUUGGGUCUCCAUUCAGUGAGUGCAGCUUGUUUAUGGGGUCUCAGCUCCUUCCCACCCACACUGUCCCCUAUUUGGGGACAUGUGCUUCACCCCUCUAAUUGUCUCACCCUGCCACAGCAUAGCCUUCUGUGGGGUUCCUGGUCUUUCAGGGAUGUACUAUUCUUCCUGGUCCAAGGACUGUGUGUGGUGGGUGGCUGGGGCUAGGGCUGGUCUCUAUUAUACUGGUUUCUACCCAGUACAUGGUGCUUAGUGGUCCUGGCAAUGCUGCACUAUCAUGGUAACUAACAUAUGUAAAUAAAUUUAUUUUUUAUGGACAAAA